UUCAGUUCAAAAUCUAGAGCUUCAUUAGUUGCAGUCAUUCCCUUACGUUGACGGGAAGAAACGACAGUGCGGGUCGCGUGCUUCUAAUAACCUUCCAUAAAUUCGAAUUAUCUAAAUUCUCUCGGAUCCUUCCACAACGAGCUGUUUUUGAUCGCCUACUAUCUUACUACCGGCAUUCUCAUCCGACGUCCUUGCGGCAAUCGCGGUGGAAAGCGCAUAAAAGCUGCAAGCAGUGAGACAGUGGUAGCCUGCGCACCUGUGAACCAGCCGAAAGCGAUUGCGUAGACCGGAACGUGGCCGCGCACCAGUGAGAACCGAGAUCCCGCCUUGUCUACACAAGCUAUCUCAGCGAGAAACUUUGCGGAUAAAAAAGCUUCGAUGUAUCGAAACCACGGGCGAUUCUCGAUUUAUUUAGUCGAAAUGUCAGCGGAAUUGACAAUAAAUUCAUUUUCGUCGAUUAUCACUGUAUAACUUUUUGUUUGGUGAUUAGGAUUACUAAUAAAAUGUAUAUCAUAUGCAGAGAGAGAUUACAUAUCGUAAUGCGCUACUGAAAUAUAAUGUGAUAAUGAUAUAAGUAAACCGAGGAUAUACUUUUUAAAUAUCAAAAAGGAUAUGAUGCUUCGUUAUGGCAGUAAAAUGUAUGGAAGGGCCUUUUGUGUUCAGACUAAAUGACAACGGUACCGGACCGCAUCUGCUUAUACAGUUGUCUGACAACGGGGGAAAAUGCUUGAGCACUCACGUAUAUUGACAUUUGAGACGAGUUAUAAAUAGUAUCCGGCCCUCGGAAUAAACGUCGAGGUAAUAACAGCCACCCUUUCGCUAUCGCGGAUGUUUUCUUCCGCAGGUUUGCACGGAACGGGGAUGGCGGGAGUACGCCGGCGAAAAUAAUGUAUUCAAAGAUCGAUGGAAUUUAUGGUGGCGGUCCGGUGGUUUUCCCACGUCACAUUACAGGCCAUUACUCCCCUGGCAGGUAAUAACGCAAUAUCUAUCUGCGUUUUGAAAUCUCGAGCCGGAACGUAAACAAGCAAAGAAAUUGUUCUUUUAAAUACCUUAUUUCAAAUAUCUUAUUUUUUAUUAUAGCAUAUUAAUUCUUGUCUUUUGUUAGUAAUUUCUAAUUCUCUUUUAGAAAGAACUCGGUUCAAGUUUAGUUAACUUUAAUUGACAUUUAACUGACUUGUAAUUGAUGUAACGACAGUCCUUUUUAUUAAAUUUAAUUUAUUUUCUAUGUUUCGAUUAAUUAAUUUUUCAAUUAAUUAUUUAUCUGAAUUUAAUGUAAAAUUAACCAUUUAUUUUAACUUUUCUCCAAUUUUCAAUUAACUUAAUUGAAGUUAAUUGAAUCGCAGAAAACAAGUAGACUCGAAUAGUACAUCGGAUUAUUUUUCAAACAGUUCAUCAAUCGGAUACCAAAAGGAAAUUCCAUUUGCCGAAAGGAUAAGCUAAUCCGUCACUUGAACCGCAUGAAAAAAAUACACGGUUCAAUAUACGACUUUAGUCCCGUAGGAUAUAACUUGCCUUCUGAGUACACGAGAUUGGCCGAAGAAUGUAACCGUUGCGAGAAGAAUGACAAAGUUUGGAUUUGCAAGCCAGUCGGUCAGAGUCAAGGGAGAGGAAUCUUUCUGUUUCGCAAAUUAAGUGACUUGUCGUACGACAACGCCGCGGUUGUGCAAAGGUAUAUCGAGAAUCCUUUGCUGAUCGGCGGAUAUAAAUUCGAUCUUCGUCUGUAUGUGUGCGUGCCGUCGUAUCGCCCAUUAACGAUUUACCUAUACAAGGAAGGUCUGGCUCGUUUCGCUACCGAAAAAUUCUCCUUGGAGCGACUAGAUGAUCCCUUUCGACAUCUCACAAAUUUUUCUUUGAACAAACUAGGACCAGGCUAUUCGGAAAAGAAGGAACGCAUCGGUGCCGGAUGCAAGUGGACAUUUAGGCAAUUACGAAGAUAUUUCGAACAGUUAGGAUACUUCGAUUGGAUUCUUUGGCAGAGAAUCUCGUGUCUAGUGACUUUAACAAUUCUAAGUCAAGCAGCAGGCAUUCCUAGGUCUUCAAACUGUUUCGAAUUUUUCGGCUUCGACGUACUGAUCGACGAGAACUUGAAGCCGUGGCUUUUAGAGGUAAAUCUAAGUCCGGCUUUGAGUAACGACUGCGAAGUUGAUUCGGAAGUGAAAAAGCCCUUGUUGCACGAUCUGUUUGAUCUGUUGGGUCUUCCAGUAUGUAAUACCGGGCUUUCCCUAUUCACAAUCUGGUCCUGUUCCAAUCGCAUAGAGGAGGAUGAGGUCGAAGUGUCUUCCAAGUUCGGCCGUUCCGUGAAAAAGAGAUCAAAACUCGGACGAGAAGCCGAAACUUUUCUAAAUCUCUCCGCCGAAUCCCGAGUCACGUUGAGACAAUCAACACCAGAAGUUUGCCCAACCACCUGGCCUUGUUAUAACACACUAAUAAUGGACAAAUAUAUACGUCGAUAUAAAGGAAACAUGAUUGAAAAUCGAGUUUCGUCACCGAUUUGGGACAACGGCAGAGACUGGAGAGUUUCCUGCGUGAGGGAAGGCGGAUGGAUUCGUAUUUGUCCCUUCAUUCGGACGAAACACAUCGAAAACAUGGAAUAUGCAAGACCAUCGCCCAGAACUGUCGAGAACGAAACUAAGAACAUAGUUCUUUCCAUACAAAAGUAUUUAAAAGCUGCAAAGGAGAUACAGCAGAGAAACGAAAAGCUCACGGACCAGCAGUGCAAUGCCCUUUUGCAAAAUGCGCUUGAAUUAAAUACAGAAAUUUGGCUGCCAGAAAAGUAAAAGCCUAGAUUAGGAUUUCUCGUUCACAAUCUUCAAGUUUAUUUAUCCUUUAACGCUUAUUUAUCUUAUUUUUUAAGAAAUAUUUCGUACGAUAUUCAAUGCACAUUGUACUAAACGUGCAUUUUUCAUUCUAUCAAUCCUUGUACAUUAAAUUAUAUUCAGUAUUAAAAAAAAAUCGAUUACUAGAUUUUACAAGCGAUUAGAUUCGCAUUUUGAUGAUAAUCAUAUUUAGCAUUAAAUGUAGCUAUCUCAUGCUCAAUUCAUUAAUAAAAAUUAUUUUACUACAA